UCCGCUGCUCGUCGUCCUAUCACAACAAUAACACGGCUCACACGCGCAGUGUAGCGGAGGAUAGCAGAGCAAGGGAGAGAGCAGAGCGCCAUCAGCCGUCCGAUCCUUCUCCGAGUUGAUCCGAUGGCUCUCGCUCUCUCCGGCUCCGCUCGCGCCGUGCUGGCCUCGCUGGCCCCGACGAGGGCGGCGGCCGCGAGGGGCUACGCGGCGUCGACGGCGUCCGGCGCCAUGAGGAGCGCGGCGGCCUCGGCGGACGGUGCGGCCGCGGGGGAGGCCAAGGAGGCCGGCCGCGGCGCCGCCGCCGAGGUCUCGUGGACGCCGGACCCCGUGACCGGCCACUACCGCCCGGCCAACUGGGCCGCCGCCGUUGACCCCGCCGACCUCCGGGCCGCGCACCUCGCCCGCACCUAUGCCCGGGCGUGAGGCGACGGCCUUCCUGAAACUAUUAUGGAUCUGAUAUGUACGAGGGGAGGUUGGCGCGCGCUCUGGACCGCGGCCGGCCGGCUUCUCGGAGUGGAGUUCUCUCGGUUGGUCGUCGUGCAACGUAACGGCGCAUUAUCUUGCGCGAGCAGCGAGAGAUACAGAGGAUGAUCGGCCUCUGGUCGUCGUCGUCGUCGUGUGUGUGGGCUGGAUGCCCUGUUCUACUUCUACCAGUACCAGAUGUAACAGCGAGCAGGGUUUUACUGUUUUACUACUUCUGCUACCAGUAAUAAAAGUCGUUUAGUUACUAAUA